UGACCAACCACACAUGCUUCUCGGACCCUGUCCGCUUUCCUGUGUAUAGCACAAAGCUGUUCCCAGACUUGGGCCUUACUUCUUGCUCUAUUGCUAACUUGAAAUGCAGUCUUGAAUAAAUCAAUUUCCCUAUGACAAAUUUUUCAGAGCUUAAUGAUUCCAGCAUAUGGUCUAAGUCCACUUAAAACUCUAUAAAGUGUGCAGAAAUUAAUACCAGUGGCUUAAUGCAAGUGGAGGGUGGAAGCUAAGUUCCCACUAAAUUAGAUUGUAACCUGAUGCCUACACUCUGAAGCCUUUGAGUGUGGAAGAUCCAGCCACCAAUUCUCAAAUAUAUGUCUACAGGAGGAGUUCCAGCUAUUGCUUGGACUCUUUCUCUAAGCCUGAAGGACAGCCCUCAGCUACCCAAGGACAUCAGAAUGAGUGACAAUACCACUUUGGUACCUCCAGCUUCAAAUCAGGGUCCCACCACUCCUCGCAAAGGGCCCCCCAAGUUCAAGCAGAGGCAGACUCGCCAACUCAAGAGCAAGCCCCCUACGAAAGGUGUGAAAGGGUUUGGAGAUGACAUUCCAGGCAUGGAAGGGCUAGGGACAGAUAUCACGGUGAUCUGCCCCUGGGAGGCAUUCAGCCACCUGGAAUUGCAUGAGCUUGCUCAGUUUGGGAUCAUCUGAGGCAUCAGGGGUUCUGCCACUUUCAACAGCAUCUGCUGUAACUUUGAUUGCUUUUGCCCUGUUGAUUUUGCCCUACUGAGUCUUGAAACUUGGUCUUGUUCGGAAGUGGUUUCUUUGACUUACAGUCAUUUCCUGUAACUACUGAGAGCUCUCUGAAUGUCAAACUCUCUCCUACAGUAUAGUUUAGCUCAGAAGAAUGGGUGAAAAUCAACUUUAGUUAGGACAUUUUAAACUCGAUCACCUUUUCCUAUCAGCUAGUGAGAAGUAAUAAGUAUUGCUCUAAAAUUUGUUUAUUUAUUAAGUUGUUCAAAUCUGUUUUUGCUAGUAGUAGGCUUCAAAAAUAACAUGUCACUCUGCUUCCUUUCUCAUUUAAUAAAGAAGAUAUUUACUUUGACUCUUA